CUUCUCGAAUGUAUUCUCCAAGCUAAUCGAUGGUAUGCCCGCUGGCACAAUGUUCGCUAAGUUCAAAAGCGCCAACGUGGCGGCCACCACAUCCGUGCAGAAUGUCGCCGAGGGCAAUCCCAUUACGCAGUACUUUGAGAUUGGCAAGCCAGUGGCCUGUGCCGGCCCAGAGCUCGUCUGGCGCAUACACGAUGGUUAUCGCAAGAGUGACAACAAGGAAUGCUCGGUCUUUAUAUUUGAGAAAAAGGUGGCAGAGAAACUGCACAAGCCGCGUCGCAAGGAGACCAUUACAGAGUUGCUAAAAGGCUCGGUAAAGACAUUGGAACGCUUUCGUCAUCCCCGAAUACUUCAAAUCUAUCACACUGUAGAGGAAAGUGCGGACACGCUGGCCUUUGCUGCUGAGCCCAUUUUUGCCAGCCUUUCAAAUGUGCUGGCCUUUCAUGAGUCGAAAACGUAUGAGAAUGCCAGCGUGGCACCCGCAGCAGGUGGCGGUGCGACGCAGACGCAGCCUGCUGCCGCUGGAGCCCAGCCACAACGGCCGGCGCAUGCAAAGGAAUACAAUUUCUUGGAUAUGGAGCUAAAAUAUGGAUUCUUGCAGCUAACGGAGGCUUUGUCCUAUUUGCACUAUUCCGGUCACGUAAUUCAUCGAAAUGUGUGUCCAUCCUCUAUACUAAUAACCAAGCGGGGCAUUUGGAAGCUGGCGGGCAUGGAGUAUGUGGAAAGAAUGAAUGAGACUGAUUUGAAUAGCUCAAUUCCUUGCCCGCCUUGGAGCAACAGGGUAUCCAAAAUGGCGCAGCCCAAUCUCGAUUUUAUGGCACCCGAAACGCAGACCAGCUCGAAGUGCAGCCUGCUCAGCGACAUGUUCUCACUAGGCAUGGUCAUCUGUGCGGUGUAUAACAAUGGACGGCCACUCAUACAGGCGGGCAACUCUACAUCCAACUAUGCCAAGCAACUGGAAACGCUGGAUGACCAUGUGCACAAGCUAAUGCCGCGUCUGCCCAUUGCUCUACAGGAGGCGACAUCUCGCAUGGCCAGCCGGGAUCCGACGGCACGACCCACCGCUCAGCUGCUGCAGUUGAUCAAAUACUUUAUCGAUCCGGCUAUAAAUGCGCUGAAAUUCCUGGACGUGGUCAACAUGAAGGACACGCAGCAGAAGUCACAGUUCUACAAGACCACCUUGAUAGAGGCCAUGCCGCUGAUACCGCGCAAACUUUGGUGGCAGAACCUGUGGCCCAUGCUUAAAUCGGAGAUUAACAAUGGCGAGGUGCUUGCUGCCGUUCUACAGCCCGUCAUGCUUUUCGUCCAGGAGGCAACGCACUCGGAGUACGAUGCCCUAAUGUCAGCCACAAUGAAGAUUGUCUACAAUACGCCAAAAUCCAUUCAGGCGAGCGUCACGAUACUUGAGAACUUGCAUUUGAUAAUUGAGAAGACGAAACCGGAGGAUGUCACCACAGAUAUAAUGCCGAUGUUAUUCUUUUCAUUCGACGGCUCCACAAUACAAGUGCAGAGUGCAGCUGUGGUGGCUGUGGGUAAUGUUUUCGAUAGCAUCGAUGAGCUGUCCAUAAGGCGCAUGGUCUUGCCCAAGGUGAAGAUGGUAUUCGAGAAGAACAUAACGGACCCAAAGAUUGUGCAGAACGUGCUGAUAUGCAUUGAGCGAGUCAUGGAUCGUAUGGAACGGGCUCAGGUCAUGGAGGAGGUGCUGCCCCUGUUGGCCAAUGUGCGCAUACCCGACCCAGAUAUUAUCAUGCGGACUGUGCGCAUCUACCACAAGCUCUUUGCCGACAAAUCCUAUGGCUUAACCGUGGAGACGAUGGCCACCAAUGUGCUGCCCUUGCUGAUACCCCACACUGUCAAUCCGUCGCUCAAUUUCGAGCAAUAUUGUUAUCUGCUUGAGGUGCUGCAGCAAAUGCUGGAGGCCAUCGAUCGGCAGCAGCGCAACAAAUUGAAGCUGGACAACCUGUCGAUGGCCUCGCCGGAACGGCAUCGCACACUACGGCAUCAGUUCUCCACGGACAACAUGAACGCGCCGCCAUUCAAUAUACCCAACUUGCGUAUUGAUCAGCGCAAGACCUCCAGUGCCGAGGAUAUGGCGCGCAAGAAUUCUGGCGGCUCUGGCAUGCUGGGCGGCUGGUGGUUUGGCUGCUCGCCAUCGUCGCCGGAUAGCAAUUUCCUGCGCGUCGGCAACGUGUUUCCCAAUCGACGGCUCUCGGACAAUACGCUGAUGACACCAAAGAUACGAAUCGCACCGUCGUGCGCUUCUUCGCCAGGCGGCACGCCAGGCAGCGGCUUGCCCACCCGUCGUCAUUCGAGCAUUGGACCCCAGGAGCGACGCGGCUCCACCAUCAAUUUGUCACCACCAACUUACGGCGCUCGAGGUAGCUCUGGAUCGAGUCUAUCGGUGCCCUCAACUUCGGCCUAUGUUAAAUCUCCUUUAUUGUACUCCCAAAAACAGGGUGGCUCCAUGCCCAACACCUCGAGCAGCGUUCCGUUUCUAUUGUCGUCGAGCAUGCAGUCCAUACGUUCGCGUCGCACUUCGACUGUUUUGUCGUCGGGUCCGCUCGGGUCUGGAUCGGGCUUGCUGCAACAAUUGGGAUCUGGAAUGUAUCAACUAUUCUCCGGACGUAACUAAAAAGAU